AUGAAGAUUUCCUACACCUCAAACGGAUUUCUCCUCUUCACCAUCUUCACUGCAUGCUUAUGUUUAUACUUUGCUAUUCAAAAGAAAAAACCUAACGAAAAUGAAGAUAUCUUAAAUAUAUCUUCAAGAUUGGAGAUCUCAACGAGUAAGUACACCUCCAUAUCGGGUCUUAAACUUGAUAAGCUUCCUAAUCAAGAUGAUGUUAUAGAAUUAUUUCAUGUAUGGAAGAAAGAACAUGGACGAGUCUACAAUGAUCUAGAAGAGAUGUCAGAGAAAUUUGACACUUUUGUUUCAAAUUUGAAGUAUAUCGUAGAGAAUAAUGCAAAGAGAGACUCACCUAAUAGCGCUCUUCUUGGUCUGACCAACUUUGCUGAUUUGAGCUUCACGGAGUUCAAAGAAACAUACAUGCCCUUAAACACUGACGCCAUGGAUAUUGUGAACGAUGAUGAUGUUCAGAACGUAACAUGUAGUGAUCCACCUUCAACCUUGGACUGGAGGUCGAAUGGAGCUGUCACUCCGGUUAAGGAUCAAGGUGAUUGCGGUAGUUGUUGGGCAUUUGCAACUGUAGGAGCCAUUGAAGGAAUAGUGGCAAUAAAGACAGGGAAGCUUAUUAGCCUUUCAGAGCAAGAGCUUCUAGAUUGUGUACCAGAUGGAAGUUGUUCUGAAGGAUAUGUGGACAGCGGAUUCGAAUGGGUAACAGGAAACAAAGGGAUUGCAAGACGAACAUCUUAUCGUUACACGGCUAGCAAGGGUGUUUGCAGAGCCUCCAAGACUAAAAACAGUGCAAAUAGUAGUAUUGAAUCACAUCAGCUCGUGGAGAGUUCUGACCGGGGACUAUUGUGUGCAGUUGCUAAGCAGCCUCUUGUUGUUAGUAUUUAUGCCCGUUCACCAAAAUAUCAUCUUUACACCGGUGGAAUAUUUAAAGGUGAAGAUUGCCCGUUGGAUCCUUGGACUGUAACUCACAGCAUGAUAUUAGUGGGUUAUAAUUCCAAAGAUAAUGAAGAUUAUUGGAUUGUGAAGAACUCACAGGGGACAUCAUGGGGAAUACAGGGUUAUAUGUGGAUCAAAAGAGAUUAUGAUAAACAGUAUGGAGUGUGUGGAAUCAAUAGACAUGUUUAUUUUCCAGUCAAAAAAUAA